AUGCCUCCUCAGCUACAGUCUCCAAAGCGAGACGUGCCUCGGGUGCUGCAGGGCGAGCUGAGUGCCCUCAGCCCGGCCGUCAGGGAGUUUGUGGAUAUCAACGUGACGCUCUGCCAGCCGGACGCCAUCCACAUCUGCGAUGGCUCCGACGAGGAAAACCGCACCAUCUUGGCCCAACUGGAGGAGCAGGGCAUGAUCAAGAAGUUGCGCAAAUAUCACAACUGCUGGCUGGCCAGGACAGACCCUCGGGACGUAGCCCGGGUGGAGAGCCGGACGGUGAUCGUGACCGGUGACCGCCGCGAUACGGUGCCGACCCCUCUGGAGGGCGGCAUCAGCCAGCUGGGCCGCUGGAUGUCGCCGGAGGAAUUAGACAAAGCUGUCGCUCAGCGCUUCCCGGGUUGCAUGAAGGGCCGCACCAUGUAUGUGAUCCCUUUCAGCAUGGGACCAGUUGGAUCCACGCUGUCCAAGAUUGGCGUGGAGUUGACGGACUCGCCCUACGUGGUAGCUAGCAUGAGGGUGAUGACCCGCAUGGGAAAGGCGGUUUUGGCCGCUCUUGGGACUGACGACUUCAUUCGUUGUCUGCACUCUGUCGGUUGCCCACUUCCACUUAAAAGGCCUCUGGUGAACAACUGGCCUUGUAACCCAGAGCAGACCCUGAUCGCCCACAUCCCAGAGCGGCGGCAGAUCAUCUCUUUCGGGAGCGGCUACGGUGGGAACUCCCUGCUCGGCAAGAAGUGCUUCGCCCUGCGCAUUGCCUCACGCCUUGCCAAGGAGGAAGGUUGGCUGGCAGAGCACAUGCUGAUCCUGGGCAUCACCAACCCUGCAGGCCAGAAAAAGUACAUGGCGGCAGCGUUCCCCAGCGCCUGCGGGAAGACCAACCUGGCCAUGCUGAGCCCUACACUACCCGGCUGGAAGGUGGAGUGCGUGGGAGAUGAUAUUGCCUGGAUGAAGUUUGACCACCAAGGUCACCUGCGAGCCAUCAACCCAGAGAACGGCUUCUUUGGAGUCGCACCCGGCACCUCCGCCAAGACCAACCCCAAUGCUAUGGCCACCAUUGCCAAGAACACCAUCUUCACCAACGUGGCAGAGACCAGCGACGGAGGCGUGCACUGGGAGGGCAUGGACGAAGCUCUGCCCGAGGAUGUCACCGUUACUUCAUGGAAGAACAAACCUUGGAGCCCAGAGGAUGGAGAACCUUGCGCCCACCCCAACUCCCGCUUCUGUACUCCGGCCGAUCAGUGCCCCAUCAUUGACCCACUAUGGGAAUCACCUGAAGGUGUCCCCAUCGAAGCCAUCAUCUUUGGGGGACGCCGGCCUGAAGGUGUCCCACUAGUCUACGAAGCAUUCAGCUGGCAACACGGUGUCUUUGUCGGAGCCGCCAUGCGUUCAGAGGCUACUGCUGCAGCAGAACACAAAGGCAAGGAGAUCAUGCAUGACCCGUUCGCAAUGCGCCCCUUCUUCGGCUAUAACUUCGGGCAUUACCUGUCGCAUUGGCUCAGCAUGGCAGAGCAACCCAAUGUCAAGCUGCCCAAGAUCUUCCAUGUCAACUGGUUCCGCAAAAGCCCCACCGCUGGUUUUCUCUGGCCCGGUUUUGGUGAAAAUAUCCGCAUCUUGGAUUGGAUGUUCCGCCGACUGAACGGCGAGGCCGGAGCUAUGCCCUCCGCCGUGGGAUACCUACCAUGCCGUCAUUCCUUACACCUGGAUGGCUUGAGAGAGCUGGUAGAUCUGGAACAGCUCUUUGCUCUGGACCGGGAUUUCUGGCAGAAGGAGGUGGAAGAGAUUGGGAAGUACUUCACCACACAGGUGAACGACGACCUUCCUGACGAGGUGGCAAGGCAGCUGGAACUCCUUCGGCAGAGGGUCAACCAAAUAUGAAAAAAAAGGAAUGUAGCUCGAGAAAAUUCUAAAUGUUGGGAACCUUCCUUUAGCAUGCUAAUCAUUUUCGGCUAACUGCAAGUAAAUCAAAGUGAUCUAUUUCACAGUGAAUCCUGGUUUAUCUGGAAAGGAGGAGGGUUAUACAUUCCAGGCCAACUCAUAAUAGAGACUGCGGGGUCAGCCAUCAAUGUUAACUACGAACAGCGGAAUUCGUGACAUUCCGACUGAGUGGUUCGCAUCCAGCGCUAACUGCUAGCGGUUUAGUCACCAAACUGUUUGAUUUGCCUACAUUUAUUUGAUGGAAGUUAUAUUUCAAUAACAUCCAUGGCUCACUUCAGGUUUCUUGUUUCUCUUAUUUUCUGACUUAAUUUAUUUUUAUACACUGUGCAUCCAUUUUUCUGAGAUUUGGUGGAAAUCUGAUUUGAAAACAUUUGACUGUACGAAUGUAAUAAACACUUGGAGAUACUGUACCAAGA